AUGGAGGUCGACAGGCCAUCUGCAGCUGCUGGUGGGGCGUCCAGCCAGCCUCGUUUUGUAGUCAAAAAGGUGAGCUCCUACUGCUGAAGCUGCUGAGGCGGCCGCGGCUCAUUCCUUCGUUUCUCCCUUCCCUUACCUCUGCAGUGGAACGCAGUCUGCCUCUGGUCAUGGGACAUAGUCGUAGACAACGUGGGUGUCGAACUCGUCAGCAAUCGCGUCUUCUCUUCAAUUGACUGACAUACUCUUGAUCGUCUGAUUAGUGCGCUAUCUGCCGCAACCACAUCAUGGACCUUUGCAUCGAAUGCCAGGCAAACCAGGGAAGCGCCACGACUGAGGAGUGCACAGUGGCUUGGGGACAGUGUAACGUGAGUUCUGCUCUUUCGCAGGCUAGCUCACAUUUGGGACCGCUCGAGUAUGGACACGCGACCCACGUUGGAGGGAAAUGGAAAUUUGCGAACUGCAUUGCGCGUGCUGCUUGCGGAGGUGGCAUUGCUCUUAGGCUAGGCUACAAUAAGAGAGCAACAUGUCCAAGGGGGGCGAAGUGGUGGGCUUCGAUGGGCCUGUCGCUGGUAUGCUGCUGAUGCUGCUGAUUUGGUCUUAUCUUUACUUGCGAGCAUACUUGCUGCUGCUGAUGCUGCUUGAAGCCUCGCUGGGUGGCCAUACCCGGACAAAGACUAAAGCUGACGAAUUGCUGCGCUCGCCAUCUCGUAGCACGCUUUCCACUUCCACUGCAUUUCGCGCUGGCUCAAGACUCGUCAAGUCUGCCCUCUAGACAAUCGAGAGUGGGAGCUUCAGAAGUGAGUACAAGAUCUUCGCGUUUGGUACACUGCGUGAGCCUGGUUGCGCGUGAUGAUUUCGCUAAUUCUUAUCACUUGUUCAGGUACGGACGCUGA